ACACAGAUCAUUUCCUAUUGUAAGGGCGAUUCAGGGGGGCAUAGGAUAGGAGCAGCGUAAUCAUCAAGAACAGAGAAAGAAGACAAUGGCAGCCUCACUACAAGCAGCCGCUACCCUCAUGCAACCUGCCAAGGUUGGUGUUGCAUCCCGAAACAACGUCCAGCUGAGAUCUUCUCCAAACCUUAGCAAGGCUUUCGGAGUCGAACAAUCUUCGGCGAGGCUAACUUGCUCUCUUCAAGCUGAUCUCAAGGAUUUGGCUCAGAAGUGCACUGAUGCAGCUAAGGUUGCUGGCUUCGCUCUGGCCACUUCUGCCCUCGUUGUCUCGGGAGCAAACGCUGAGGGAGUGCCAAAAAGGCUUACCUAUGAUGAAAUCCAGAGCAAGACAUACCUCGAAGUAAAGGGGACUGGAACUGCAAAUCAGUGCCCAACCAUUGAUGGCGGUGUUGACAAAUUUGCCUUCAAGCCCGGCAAAUACGAUGCCAAAAAGCUGUGCUUGGAGCCCACUUCCUUCACUGUGAAGGCUGAGGGUGCUAACAAGAAUGCACCCCCAGAGUUCCAAAAGACCAAGCUCAUGACCCGCCUAACCUACACCCUUGAUGAGAUUGAAGGACCCUUUGAAGUAAAUACUGAUGGAACAAUAAAAUUUGUCGAAAAGGAUGGAAUCGACUAUGCUGCAGUUACAGUUCAGCUUCCCGGGGGUGAGCGCGUGCCAUUCCUCUUCACCAUCAAACAGCUAGUUGCUUCAGGCAAACCAGAGAGCUUCAGCGGUGAAUUUCUCGUGCCAUCAUACAGAGGUUCAUCCUUCCUUGACCCAAAGGGCAGGGGUGGAUCUACCGGUUAUGACAGUGCAGUUGCAUUGCCUGCUGGAGGCAGAGGAGACGAGGAGGAACUUGUGAAGGAAAACAUCAAGAACGUUUCAUCUUCAUCAGGGAAGAUCACCUUGAGCGUAACCAAGAGCAAGCCUGAAACUGGAGAAGUGAUUGGAGUAUUUGAGAGCGUUCAGCCAUCUGACACUGACUUGGGAUCAAAGGCCCCCAAGGAAGUAAAAAUCCAAGGAAUAUGGUAUGCUCAACUUGAAUGAUAGAGAGGGUCUUGAGCAUCAAUUAAUGUACUCAUUUCUUCGUAUUGAGUUUUGCUGUAACGCUUUUAAGGUAAUCCAUAUCCCACUGAACAUUCCCCCAAAAAACCCACCAUAGAAACAUGGAGACAGUUAUCCUGCUUGUAUAUUA